AUAAUAACAUCGACUUUGUAGCAGGAAUAUGUUUUACCCUAGACGUCAACCUUACAGGAACACACGAUGCUCAUCUAGAAUUAAAUCUAUGUUUGAUUUUUGAUCGGUGAAAUUCGGCAUAUACCUUUUUUCCUAUCGCAAGCAGAGGCAGCACCUGACUGUCCCAGCCUGGCAGAGCACAGAGGCACUCUGCUGUUUGUAUGACAAUAAUGGAUACAAGCUAACAGGCUAGCGGUAAUGCGCUGCUAAGUGAGAGAGAAACGCUAUCAGAUUGUUAAAUAUAUCACCAAGACUCGCAGAAUAUAUUGGGCCCAACAUUUAAUUCCUGUUUAGUGACUCCGGAGUCAACCGGUCUGUAGACAGCUAUGGGUGGGCUGGGGAACGGACGUCGUGGAGGAAGAUCACCCCCCCUGAUGAUUGGCGCUCUAAUUGCCUGUAUCUUGGUUCUGGGUUUUAACUACUGGGUGUCCAGCUCCCGCAACCUGGAGCUGCAGACUAAGCUGUAUGAGUUGGAGGGCCAGGUGCGACGUGGAGCAGCAGAGCGAGGAGCAGCGGAGUUGAAGAAGACUGAGUUCCAGGAGGAAAUCCAGAGACAGAAAGAGCAGAUCAGCCACAUAGAAAGCCUCUAUAAGAGACAGCUCGAAGGAGCCCAGAACACCUGCAGCCUAGAGAAGGGCACGCUGCAGCAGAACAUUUCCUCCUCUACCAAAACCAUACAGGAACUCAAAGGUCAGUUGAAUCAGCUGAAUGAUGACCUGGGGAAGCUACAGAAGGAGCUACAGGGUUGCCAAGGCAACAUAAACACUCUUAACAACAAACUCACUUAUGACAUGACCCAUUGUCACUCCCAGGUCCUGUCCCAGAAGGAGUUGUGUGAUGAGAGAGUGGCUGCUGCUAAACUUGAAGUUCAGAAAAAAAUGGAGAAGCUUGUGAUCCCUCCCCCAGGCACCCCCUCACAGGAAAACCCAGUUAAUGGAGCAGCAAAAGAGGACGGACCAGUCAUGACCGGGACUGGUACAGUUAAGACAGCUACUGUUGUAAACCACACUCCAAGCCUCUCUCAGCCCAAAGGAAACGAACCACCCGAACUACUGACCAAUGAGAUCAUUAUAGACAAAGAUCACGAUCCCCUAGUGGACCUGUCUCCAUUGAAGGAUCUCUCCAAAGCAGAGUUCCAGUCUGUUCCCUCUGCUGUUACAGUCAAACAGGACAUUUUGCUACCACCAGAGGGAGCCGACAAAACGCAGGACGGUGAGGCUGAGACCAGUAAACUUUUGAAGAAUAAUCUCACUGAGGAUAAAGACAUUGAGGUGAUGGAUGCCCAUGAAGAGGGUGUUCAGACAGAAGAGGCAGACCCUGGGAUGGAGGGCAUGCUGAUUGGCCAGGGGAAGGCAGAUGACAAUCCUGUUGGUCAGAAACCGGAGGAGCCUGAAGAGUAUGACGCAGACGAACAGGCUGUGGGCGGAGUCCAGCAGAGUAAACAGGCUGAGAAUAUAGACAAUGAAAUGGAGGAGGACAUAGCUGACUAUGAUGGAGAUGAUGAGAAUAAAGGGGAGUUUGAAGCAGACAAGCAAGCUGAGCUCGCUGAAAACUAAGGGCUGGAGCUGGCGAAGGAUCCUGAAUACACCAUUAGGAAGCAGCACCUGUUUUACACCCCAGCACAAUCGCACCAUACAGGUUAAUGCAGCCCUCCAGACACACUAAACACAAAACAAAUCCAGAUGAAAAUUUCUUUAUGAAAGACUUGUGGCAUUGGUUAAUUUCACAAGGAUUUGCUUCCUGGAAUGUCUCUUACUUGUCAUCUUAAUUUGAAUUUGUACACUUGAUUUUAUUACAUGUUGUCAGAGAUUUUAUCAGUGGAUCAUCAAGUUUUCUCAUAAUGGAGUAAAAAUAGUUGCAAUUCUAUAUCCAAUCACAACCAACUGCUGUGAGCAAAUGUCAGCCAAGCACACACACGUCUCACUUUGUACAUAAAAACCUGAUAUGGAGUGACUAUGCUUUCAUUUCAGUAUGUUUAGGUGAUAUGAAAGUACUUAGUACUUCUAUGUAUUGUCCAUAUGACCUACUACAUAGUACUCAUAUGGAAUGGUGAACACAGUGCAAGACAUCUCAAAAAUUCAAACAUCGUAACCCUCUCAGAGCAUCAGUAGAUUUUGAUGAUGGGAUUAGAUUUGUUGUUCAUGUUCACUCUGUAAUGACUGUAACUUGAUGAUGAUGUACAGACCCUUAUAGGGUUACAACGUGUCAAAUACUGUAGUAAAUGUAAAUGUCCUGAGUGAUCCCAGUGACAGAACUCCUCCAUCAGAGGGCUCUCAGAGGUUCAGCAGCAUCUUGAACAAUGCCUUAAAAGCUACUCUUGUGCAGUCUCUCACAGAAAAGAUGCUGAGAACAUUUCAUCCUACAAAAUCUCCAUAAAAGCAGCAAAUGAAGGAAAUGUGAUAUUCUUGUUAUUUUGAUACUAAACCUAUUUAAAUGGAAAAAUGACAACAGCAGCUUUUUUGAUUCCCACAUAACCAAAUAUGCUGUAGGUUGACUUAACAGACAUGCAAACCCCCCCCAAUGGAUGAUAUGCUGCUGUAACUUGUUUUAAAUUUACUAUAGUAUGAUUGCUGUCAAUGGACAUUGAUCAAUGAGCAAUGGUUUCUAACCUGUCAAUUUGUCAAUUUGCUUUUGCAUUGUAGUGCCAGCAAGUCUUUUUUUCUCAGCUGUAUUUCAGAUGACAGAGUGUCGCAAGAUUGAAUGUGUGCUGUGACCUACAUGUAAGAUCAGUAAGACAGGAAAAACAGGUAUAAAUUUAUAAUGAAAGUAAUGUUUUGGAACACUUGGAUAAUAUCUCGAGAUCAACAAUCUUCUUUUAUUAUGACGCAUGCCUUAUUAUUUCUGUGUGCACCGUUUUCCUCUGUGGUCAGUUGCUUCUGAUUGUAGACCCGCUCAGAGGUUUGUGAUGUUCAUAUGUGUCUCUGUUCUGCUGUAUUGGAUGGACGGUAUAUUUUGUUUAGAAUGUGGAGAGAGAUUUCUGAGAGUUGCUGUAAUAUUAUAAAGGACAUUUCCUUGAAGUAGGACCAGUGUAGUGGUGUGUUUUAAGGCUCCUGCAAUCCAGUAGAUGUGAAGUCUUCAGUAGCUGUGCUAAACUGUAUUUGUGUGCUCAACUCCAAACUGUACUAGACUGGAAAUGGUCUGUGUGAGUGCAAACAUGAACUAAUAUUAGACAUAAGAAAUAACAAAAAGUGAGUUAAAUUUGUGGCAGGAUAUUUUGUUGCCUUGUGUUUUAUACAGGACAGAUUGAUUUAUUUUAUUUUGCUUUAUUUAGAGCUGGUGACUCUGACUACAGGCCCGUAGUUACUCACCACACUGCCAUUGUAAUUGUCAUCAUUUCCAUAAUGCGUUGACUUAUCAUCAACAGUCGCACCAUAGUGGAAAGUUAUCUUCUCAGAGUGCUGUUAUUUACCUAUCUCUCUAUUUGUGCUCAACACAGAUGGUUGUUGGAAUGCAGUUGGUGUGUUAUACUGUUAAUUCAGUUCACCUCUUGUGCACCUGGCUGUUACAAGUCCAGGUGCAGGAGAGAACUGAACUUUGAUCAGUGAAAACUGUCCUGUCUGUUUCAUUUCCAAAGUUUCAAGUUUGAAGUUUAGCUGCCUCUAUGUCUGUCCUUAUAUUUGGGCUGCUCAGUCCCACAGCAAGUACAAGUCAAGAUCCUGAGGAUUUCCAACAUAUGUUGAAUUUUAGCACAAUAUUUCUACAAUGAUAAGAUGCAAGAAAACCCACAGAGUUUCACUUUUGAUGUAAAGAUGCAGCUUCAAAAAACUGGAUUUGACUUAGUAAUAGUAUACAAUACCACAGAAUAUACAUACAGUGGAUUUUUCUCUUUCUUUGAAGCACAGGGAUCAACAGUAACAUUGUGGUUCAUGAAGUCAACUGUUUGAGCUCUAACAUUCUCAUUAUUAGCUUCAUAGAUACAUAAAUAUUAUCCUAACACUGUACAGGUGUUAUUAAAACUGAUCAUGCUUAUUUUGAGUGAACUGUAUUAAACAAGGUGACAGUUUUUACAGCUUCAGGAUUCUAUCAAAAGGUAAAAAAAGAUGGCGUGAUACACUCUUUUAUAUACUUUUCUUUGUAGUGUUAUAAAAUGCUUGACCACAAUGUGAAGCCUGUGUGAUUUAUGAUUUCAGACUUUUUCCAGAGAGACUUUUUCAUCCCAAGCAGUAUCAAUUUUGCUAACUUAUUUUUUUUAAUUUAUGUGAUAAUCUUUAUUGAUAUUUGAAACCUGAUCAUCACGUCCCAGAGUUACCAUACUAACACCAAACAGGAGUGCUGAUGAAAGAUUAAUGGUUCAGUCACAAGAGUGAUAAAGUUCCUAUAACAACUGAAAAGACAGUUAGAGACAGUGGAAACCCUUUUGUCAGCAGAUGAGAUAGAUAAACUUUGCUGCAACAUCAGCCCCAACAGCACAGUGUGUCCAAACCAGUCCUCCCCCAGCACUCCUGUUUAAAGCAAUGAACAUGAACCCUUUUGUCUGCCUUUUGUCUCCCUUUUGCUCAAUGUUGCAGGGGACACAUAGUUCCUGAUAUGUUUUUUUUUUGUUUGUUUCUUUGUUUUUUUUAAGAUGCAAUUUUGUUUUCAGAGUUGCUGUUAUCCAUUGUCUGACACUGCAGAGCUUGGACAACCACUGCUUUGUUUUGUCAGAAAGCUUUGUCUGCCUGUUUGUAUAAAGAACCCUAUUUUCUGAACUAGAAGUCUGGAGAGAAAAUGUUGAUUUUUAUAAAUUGGAUUGACUUUUUUUUUUUUUUCUUUUUUUUUUGUUGCUUGAUUUCAUUUGUUUGAAUUUGUAUUCUGUACUGCUGAACAAAUUUCUGGAAGGUUUAAAUAAUCAUAGGAUUUAUUAAUGAUAGAGAAUAAAAAUGUUUUUAUUACCACUAUCAA